UUAGACCAGAGACGAGGAAAUGGCUCGUUCCCCUACUAUUUAAACCCUUUUUGUGACAGUGGAGAGGAGAAGAUCCAGAUUGUUCAGCUCAGUGGCAGCAUCACACACACACACGCGCGCGCACGGACACAAACACCAGAUCAUCAGCUGAAGGAUGAACUUCAGCAGAGAUGUGGCCAGACAGACCAGUUGUUACACGUACGUCAUAGAAGACGAAGAUCCAGCCCUGGCGAGCAUGAAUGCUAUCGAGUUGGCAGAGAAGGGUGACCUGGCUCUCCUGGAGAACCUGGUAAGGAAGAGUCCAGAGGUCCUUGGUGAGAAAGAUGAAUGUGGAGCGAGUCCCCUCCAUCACGCCGCCGCGGGAGGCCACGUCACCCUCAUCCAAUUUAUCAGCUCCGUCAUAGACGCCCAGGCCUUAAACAGCUGUGAUGAUCGGGGUAACGUGGCCCUGCACUGGGCCGUGGAGAGGAACAUGGCAGACAGCUGCAGGGCUCUUCUGGACCUGGGGGCUGACCCAAACAUCCUCAACACGGCCCUGCUGUCCCCCCUGCACUUGGCUGUCAGCCUCGGACACAACAACCUGGUCGGGCUGCUUUUGUCGUACUGCGAGACCAACUGUAACCUAGAGGGAGAUCUUGGAAACACCCCUCUGAUCCUGGCCUGCUCCAUCAAUAACUGCGAGGCUUUGAGCAUAUUGAUAAAACACAGGGCUCAGCUCUGCCAACAGAACAAGCUUGGACACUUUGCCAUGCACGCUGCUGCCUUCGCUGGUGCAAAGAAAGCCAUGGAAGUCAUCCUGAAGGCUGGAGAGGAAAACGGCCACUCUGCAGAAAAACACAUCAACUAUUUAGACAAGUCCAACAGCAGCCCUCUCCAUCUGGCUGUACGUGGCGGGAAUAUCGAGGCCAUCCGCCUCUGCAUCGCCACCGGAGCCAAAAUAGACCAGCAACAGAACGACCGCUGCACACCUCUUCAUUUGGCUUGCACCCAGGGUGCUAUCGAAGUGGUCAAAUUGAUGCUCUCCACUGUUGACCAAGUGGAGGAUGUCAUCAAUCUAACUGAUGGAGCGUGCCAGACCCCUCUACACAGAGCUACAGUGUUUGACCAUGCAGAGCUGGCGGAGUUUCUCAUUUCUUUGGGUGCAGACCUGAACAGCACCGACUGUAAGGGAAACACUCCCUUGCUGCUGGCAACCAGCUGUGGAGCGUGGAAAACUGUAGCCCUGCUGCUGUCGAAAGGAGCCAAUGUUAACAUGAAAGACAAAUGUGGAUGCAACUUCCUUCACCUGGCCAUUCUGCAGCCCAAAGGACUGAAGAAUCUGCCAGAAGAAGUCCUACAGUGUAGCAACGUGAAGGUGUUGCUGAGCUGUGAAGAUAACGAGGGCUGCACCCCGCUGCACUAUGCCUGCAGACUGGGUAUCCAUGACUCAGUGAAGAACAUGUUGGGCCUCUCGGGGCAGGUCGGCCUUGCUUGCAAGUCCAAGGACAAGAAAUCUGCUCUGCACUUUGCUGCGCAGUACGGCCGCAUCAACACCUGCCACAGGUUACUGGAGACCAUCACAGACUCUCGCCUUCUAAAUGAAGGUGACGAACGCGGCCUGACACCACUCCAUUUGGCUUCAAGAGGUGGACACACCAAGGUGGUUCACCUGCUCCUGCGUAAAGGAGCACUUUUCCACAGUGAUUACAAAGGGUGGACUUGUCUUCACCACGCUGCUUCUGAAGGGUACACACAAACAAUGGAUAUCUUACUGUCAUCUAAUAUCAAGCUGCUGGAUAAAACCGAUGAGGAUGGGAACACUGCACUCCACAUCGCUGCGAGAGCGGGACAUGUGGCUGCGGUCAAAAUGAUGCUCAACAGAGGGGCGGAGAUGGUCCUGAACAAGAAUCACACUUCGUUCCUCCACGAGGCGCUGCAAAACGGGAGGAAAGAUGUGGUGAACACGGUGAUUGACAGUGACAGAUGUGACGAGGCUUUGAGUUUGUUCAUCCAAGACUCGGGUCAGCGGUGCCCCAUUCUGGACAUGAUUGAGUUUUUGCCAGAGACCUGCAAGCAUCUGCUGGACCGCUGCGUGAGGGAGUCUGACGACGACCACAACAGCCCAGAUUAUCACAUUGAAUAUAGUUUCAGAUGGCUUCAGGCUCCAAUUUCAGCAAAGAAGUUAACAGAUACGACCUACAGAGUUCAGCCGCUUGCUGCUGUUAAUGCAAUGGUGCAGUACAACCGAAUCGAGCUCCUCAACCACCCCAUCUGCAAAAAGUACCUGGCUAUGAAGUGGAUCGCUUACGGGAGCAAAGCUCAUCUCCUCAACAUGUUUUUGUACCUGUUGGGUCUGCUGCCUUUAACUCACCUGAUAAUGACCCUGAGGCCCUGCACGAACACCACCGUGACAGGCGAGCUUGAUAUCAUCAUGGUGCCCAUUUCUUUCACAGAGCAAAGCGUCUUCCUGUCCUUCUGCAUGGUGAUGGUCUUGGUCAUGAACAUCUAUUCAAUAGCAAAAGAAGUGGUGCAGAUAUCACAGCAGCGGUGGAAUUACUUCAGGGAUUAUUCCAACCAGUGUGACUGGACUUCGGCCAUCUUCUCUCUUCUGUUCAUCAUUCCCCUUAUGCUUAAUGCUGAGGGAUCUUUACACUGGCAAGCAGGAGCGAUGGCCAUUUUAAACUCCUGGAUAGGAUUUCUCCUUUAUCUCCAGAGGUUCGAGGGUGUUGGCAUCUAUGUUGUGAUGUUCGGGGAGAUCAUGAAGACGCUGGUCCGGAUUGUGAUGCUGUUUUUGUACCUGAUGCUGGCAUUCAGUUUGGCAUUCCACGCUCUUAUGCUGAAUCAUAAAGAAUUUAACAGCAUGCCGCUGUCUGUGAUACAAACCUUUGUGAUGAUGGUUGGAGAGUUGAACUACCAGAACAACUUCCUGGAUGCUUUUCUGAACUAUCAGCUUCCUUUUGGCAUCCUGACUUAUGUCAUUUUUGUGAUCUUUGUUUUGCUCAUGCCGAUUCUGCUGGUGAACCUGAUGAUUGGUUUAGCGGUCGGAGACAUCGCCGAAGUCCAGAGGAAUGCUUCCCUAAAGCGAAUAGCUAUGCAGAUUGAUCUCCACACUGCUCUCGAGGAUAAGCUCCCCUACUGGUUCAUGAAACGAGUCGACAAGCCUUCCAUCACCAUCUACCCAAACCGCAAGUGCUCCAGGCACUUUCUGAAACAUCUCAUCUCAGGUGAAGAGGAAAAAGACGACGUGUGGAGUCGUCUGCAGUCCAAGAGCCAAACUUGCUCCUUUAUACAGGUUGAGCUCACAAAGCAGAAGUCCAGAAUGAAGGAGAUGUCAAACAUUCUGGAGAAACAACACGGCCUUCUGAAGCUCAUCAUCCAGAAGAUGGAGAUCACAUCGGAGGCCGACGAGUACGACGGUCCAGUGAAUGUCAGAGGCAGCAUGUGGCCUAGUUUGAGUCAGGCUAAAGCGAGAGGCGGCAGCACGUCUCGAUGGGUCCCUCUGAUAAAGGCCAUUGAGUCCAAACGCAAAUGAGGAAGACAACAGCAGGAAUUUAUCCUAUCACUAUAGACACAUCUAGAUGUAAACCAUGUCAUUUGACCAUGAAAUGGGUUUAAUUGUGAUUAUUUGUUGGGUUUUUGUUUUAUUUUGUUUGAACCCAUUCUUUAAACUCUGCAUGUUACAAUUCUGUGUAGCUAACUUUCAUUUGUUGUGAACCAAUAAUCUGAUUUUAAUCCAUUUUUAAAGAACUGAGAAUAACAACGAUAACAGCUGCAUUAAAUAUCUCAAUAUUUAAUAUAUUAAUGUGAGCAAAAAGUGUUAUUGUGGACAAAAAGAAUAACUCUACUUUAUCAUAAGUCACUUAAUGGGCAUGCAGGUGAAUUUGCUUGUGGGUGCCAAAAGCUGCACAGUUGAUAAUCGCUGAGGUGAGACCAGGGGCGGAUUUAGGACUGAAGAAGACACGCGCGCGCACGCACACACGCACGCACGCGCGUGCACACACACACACAUGACACGCACUAGUCAACAUCAUAUAUGUCUUGUACCACAUAAUUUUUAAUCUGAAGCUACACAUUAAGCAUUUUCAGGGCAGAGUAUUGUUCCUGUUAGUGUUUAGUGUGAGAUGAUAGUAAAUAUUCCCUUUCUUUCCCCAACCACUUCACCUGAUAGUAAGCUAACUUUAGGCAAACCAGCAGCACAACAAAUAUUUUCAAAUAAGACUCACAAACCUGAGUCAACACCAGUCUCAUCAAAGCUGGGGUUCUGUCGCAGUACUUUUUGUCUUAAAAAAAACGUUCUUAUGUCCAUCUUCACUCAUGCGUUUCAGGCAGAGACUGCAGAAGAAGCCGGCUGCUGAAGGGCUUCUUCUUCAGUGGUGGAGGCUCAGGCAGGCUGUAUACAAACUACUGCCAGCUGCUCCCUCUCUGUUGGACUUUGGUACUGCAUGUUACUUUCGCGAUUUAGAUCCGUGCUUUCCAUGAAACAUCCGGGGCUUCAGCCCAAGUAGCCGGGCCUAACGCCACCCCUGGGUGAGACUAAAUCUCUCGUGUCUUGUCUUAGAUGUCUUACAUCAUGAAAACUAAAUAAGGUUUUAAAAAUAGGAUUUAAAAUGUUAAAUUGCUUUAGAUUUUUAUCACCCUGCAUGUAGGUGUGUUUUAGCAACAACUGGAAGGAUUUAAAACCACUUCUACCUUGCUGUAGAGUGUAGGCAGCUUGGGGUGUCGUGUCUGAUCUGCUUCCCCGUGUAAACGAGUGAGUUUGUAACGGCCAUGGAGAAAAGGUUUGUUCAGAGAAAAGCUUGACUGCACAUAUAAUGGACGAUCCCUCUGCGUCGGACUACUGCUAGAGAUAGCCGUGAACUAAUGCUAGUGCUAGCCCGGACCCCUGCUAACGCUAGCCUGGAUUACUACUAAUGCUAGCCCAGGCUACUGCAAAUGCUAGCCUGAGCUACUAUUAAAGCCUGAUUUACAUUUCUACCGUCUGUGUCAGGGUGGAGACACGCAACGCCAUUAUGCGCCGGCGCAAGGGCUCUCAGACGGGAUCACAGAGGGUGAUGCAUAGUGGAAAAAGUCCAAAAAUAUGAACGUUUAUUCACCCGUGACUACAGGAGUACAAAUUACGGGGCAAACGUGGACAGAAAUUACGGGAAACGUCGGUUUACAGGUGGCGACCGCAGGAAGAGGUGGGGAAAAUGAAGGACAAAUUUGUCCGUAUAAUAAAGUCUCUGAAAUAUGUAAACACAUUAGUAAAUGCACCAAAUACAUGAGUAUUAUAGUGGCUGGAUACCGCAGAAUAGCGCUACGCCCUCUGUUGUCCUGACAGGAAAUCGUUUUGCAACACUCCGCUGCCUGUGCAGGAGUUCGCAACUUUUCGACACUCCAUAUGCGUCUCUCCGCUGUGGAGCUCACGGAGAAGUUAAAAUAAGGCGUAAUGCUAUCCUGAGUUACUUCUAACGCUAGCCUGAGCUAAUACUAAAAUCUUUGUUGGACAAGAGAAUUUUUUUUUAUUUGGCGCAGCACUCAUGUUCGAGGACGCACUGGGAAUAUCUAGACUUUGAUUGAAUGCCAGAAUCCACAUCUUAGUAAGUACAUUUUAUUAGAAAUUUAUUUUUAAAUGUAAAAUUCCAUUGAGAUUCAAAUUUGAGUUAUAAAUUGGGAAAACUAAAGAUCUUGCGGUCCGUGUCCGCUUCCACUUACAUCCACAAACCCCAGCUCCACAACCCGCUGUACACAAGUAGGUCUGUGAUUAUAUUGGUUUUCAUCAAGAGUUUGUACAUAACAUGUAUAUCCGGCUAAAUAAACGGAUGGAAGAGUCUAACUAAAUGCAUGUAACAAUGAUUAAAAAAAACUCCAAAUAUUA